UCUCGUGUUAAGAAAUAAUUGAGUUUUGAAAAUGUCAAAGUAUGUACGUAAUAUGAAGAAUAUAAUAUAUUAAAAUUAUUACAAUUUGUCAAAAAGUUAAAUUUUCUUUAAAUUUUUAAAUGGCCGUUAGCCGUAAAAUAAACUUUAUUUAGUCGUUGAAAAAAUAAUAGAGUUUUUAUAUUUGUCAUAUAAAAUAUGCAUUUUAGUUUAAUUAAAAAUCUUAAAUAUUCAGCAGCCCUAUUUUGUACACAAAAGAAGAUUUUGUUUGGACCUGUUUUAGAAAAAUGGAAAGAAAAAUUCAAAAAAUCUAAUAUAGGUACUUUUGAUUUUGAUAUGAGAUGUUUGAUGGCUCACAUUCUUCAAGAAGAUUUUAAAUCCGUUAAACCAGAAAGUUUACCUAAUCUUCAACUUACUGAAGACCAGAUGAAAACUUUAGAAAGAUUAUUUGAGUGUCGUUUGGCAAGGGUUCCAAUUCAAUAUAUAUUAGGAGAAUGGGAUUUUUAUGGACUGAAUUUGAAAAUGCAACCUACAGUUUUUAUUCCCAGGCCAGAGACAGAGAGAUUAGUAGAAUUAAUUAUUGAGGAUGCAAACAAGGAAGUUGAUAUAAAAUUUUUAGAGGUAGGAUGUGGUACUGGUGCCAUUUCAUUGUCAAUUUUAAACAACAUUCCUAAAGCCACAGGGAUAGCAAUAGAUCGCAGUCGUAUGGCCUGUACUUUGACCACUGAAAAUUCGAUUGCUUUAAAUUUGCAUGACAAAAUUAAAGUUUACCACCACAUUGUAUCACCGGAAUCUUACUUGCCUAAAGCUAUUAUAAAUGAAAAGUUCGACUAUAUUGUUAGUAAUCCGCCUUAUAUAAAAACAUGUGACGUAGCUUUACUACAGCAAGAAACAAAAUUGUAUGAAAAUCUUAAUUCCUUGGAUGGAGGAAGUGAUGGUUUGAAGAUUGUCAAAUAUAUUAUGGAAAUAGCUAGUAACCAAUUGAAGUCCAAAGGAAAAUUGUGGUUAGAAAUUGACCCAACUCACCCACUAGUUAUCAAAACUAUUGUCAACGCAAUAUAUCCGAAUAAUUUGGAAUACGUGGCGAGCCAUCGCGAUAUAUUUCAAAGAGAACGUUUUGUGGAGAUUUUAAAGUGUUAAAUUUUCAUUUUUACUCGAAGCCAAUUGUAAUUGUCGGAAACAAAAAAAAAAGAAAACUUUUUUGGUAUUCA